AUGCUUCGCACAUUGCCGCGCGCCGUCCCCCGCGCUCGCCUCGCGCAGGCCACCCGUCCCACCUCCCUCAUCUCCUUCAAGGCCCAGCCUAAGGCUAUCCGCCUGUAUGCUACCGCCGCUGCCAUCCCCCCUAGCCCCCGCGACUCGUUCGCCAGCGGCUCGAACCAGUACUACAUUGAGGAGAUGUACCGCUCGUGGAAGCAGGACCCCAAGUCGGUGCACACGUCGUGGAACGCCUACUUCUCGGGCCUCGACAAGGGUCUCCCCUCGGCCGCUGCGUUCCAGCCCCCUCCCGGCAUCUCCCAGUCGAUGCAGAUGCCCGAGGGUGGUGCUGCCCCCCUUGAGGUCGGCGCCGCCGGCGAGCUCAACGACUACCUGAAGGUCCAGCUCCUCGUCCGUGCUUACCAGGUCCGUGGUCACCACAUUGCCAAGCUCGACCCCCUCGGCAUCUCCAACGCCGACCUCUCGAACCAGGUUCCCCCCGAGCUUACCCUCGAGUACUACGGCUGGACCGAGGCCGACCUGUCCAAGGAGUUCAAGCUUGGCCCCGGUAUUCUCCCCCGCUUCGUCGGCUCGGUCAAGGACGACAAGCUCACCCUCGGCCAGCUCAUUGACGAGCUCAAGCGCAUGUACUGCACCAACGUCGGUAUCCAGUACAUUCACAUUUCCGACCGCGGACAGUGUGACUGGAUCCGUGAGCGUGUCGAGGUGCCCACCCAGUGGUCCUACUCCACCGAGGAGAAGCGCAUGAUCCUCGACCGUACCAUCUGGUCGGAGAUGUUUGAGAAGUUUAUUGCUUCCAAGUACCCCAACGAGAAGCGUUUCGGUCUCGAGGGUUGCGAGUCCCUCAUCCCCGGUAUGAAGGGUCUCAUUGACGCCUCGGUCGACGCUGGUGUCAAGUCGAUUGUCAUUGGUAUGCCCCACCGUGGUCGUCUCAACGUCCUCGCCAACGUUAUCCGCAAGCCCAUGGAGGCCAUCCUCAACGAGUUUGCCGGCAACAUGGACGGUGCCGACAACGGCGGCGGUGACGUCAAGUACCACCUUGGCGCCAACUACAUCCGCCCCACUCCUUCGGGCAAGAAGGUCGCUCUUUCGCUCGUUGCCAACCCUUCGCAUCUCGAGGCUGAGGACCCCGUCGUUCUCGGCAAGACCCGUGCCAUCCAGCACUUUGAGGGCGACGAGGGCACCUUUGACGGCACCAUGGGCGUUCUCCUCCACGGUGACGCUGCUUUCGCCGGCCAGGGUGUCAUUUACGAGACCAUGGGCAUGAGCCACCUCCAGAACUACGGCACUGGCGGUACCAUCCACCUGAUUGUCAACAACCAGAUUGGUUUCACCACCGACCCCCGCUUCUCGCGUUCGACUCCUUACCCCUCGGACAUUGCCAAGGCCAUUGACGCCCCCAUCUUCCACGUCAACGGUGACAACGUCGAGGCCGUCAACUACGUCUGUAUGCUCGCCGCCGAGUGGCGCGCCACGUUCAAGAAGGACGUUGUCAUUGACAUUGUCUGCUACCGUCGCCACGGUCACAACGAGACCGACCAGCCGUCGUUCACCCAGCCCCGCAUGUACAAGGCUAUCCAGAAGCAGCCCUCGUCGCUCACCAUCUACACCGACCAGCUCGUCAAGGAGGGCUCGUUCACCGCCAAGGAGAUUGACGAGCACCGCCAGUGGGUCUGGGGCAUGCUCGAGAAGGCCGCCGACGCCUCGAAGGACUACAAGCCUUCGGCUCGCGAGUGGCUCUCGUCGUCGUGGGACGGCUUCCCGUCGCCCUCCGAGCUCGCCGAGCGCGUCCUCCCCAUGCACCCCACCGGUAUCCCCGAGGAGACCCUCAAGAAGCUCGGUGACGUCAUCUCGUCGUUCCCCGACGGCUUCACCCCUCACAAGAACCUCGCUCGUAUCAUUGCCACCCGCGGCAAGACUGUGUCCGAGGGCAAGAACAUUGACUGGUCGACCGGUGAGGCUCUCGCCUUUGGUUCGCUCUGUCAAGAGGGCACCCACGUCCGUGUCUCCGGUCAGGAUGUCGAGCGUGGUACCUUCUCGCAGCGCCACGCCCUUGUCCACGACCAGGAGAACGAGUCCACCUACGUUCCCCUGAAGCACGUCUCGGCCGACCAGGGUUCGUUCACCGUCACCAACUCGCAUCUUUCCGAGUACGGUGUUCUCGGCUUUGAGCUCGGUUACUCGCUCGUCUCGCCCAACUCGCUCACCAUGUGGGAGGCCCAGUUCGGUGACUUUGCCAACACUGCCCAGGUCAUGAUUGACCAGUACAUUGCCUCGGGUGAGCGCAAGUGGCUCCAGCGUUCGGGCCUCGUCAUGUCGCUCCCCCACGGUUUCGACGGUCAGGGCCCCGAGCACUCGUCGGGCCGUAUCGAGCGUUUCCUCCAGCUCUGCGACGACGACCCGCGCGUCUACCCUUCGCCCGAGAAGCUCGAGCGCCAGAUCCAGGACUGCAACAUGCAGGUCACCUACCCCACCACCCCGGCCAACUACUUCCACGUCCUCCGUCGCCAGCAGCUCCGUGACUUCCGCAAGCCCCUCAUCAACUUCUUCUCCAAGGCUCUCCUCCGUCACCCCUUGGCUCGCUCCACCCUCGACGAGUUCUCGGGCGAGACCACCUUCCAGCGCUACAUCCCCGACGCCCACCCCGAGACCCUCGUGGCACCCGAGAACAUCCGCCGCCACAUCCUCUGCUCGGGCCAGGUCUACUACCAGCUCCUCCAGGAGCGUGAGAAGCGUGGCAUCAACGACGUCGCCAUCUCGCGCGUGGAGCAGUUGUCUCCAGUUCCCUUCGACGUCCUGACUCCCCACCUCGACAAGUACCCCAACGCGGACCUGCUUUGGUGCCAGGAAGAGCCCCUCAACAGCGGUGCUUGGCCUUACCUCCAGCCCCGCCUCGAGCUGGCCGCCGACCAGACUGCCCACCACAAGGGUAAGCGCGUCCUGUACGCCGGCCGCAACCCCAGCGCUUCGGUCGCCACUGGCUCCAAGUACGCCCACAAGAACGAGGUUGAGAUGAUCAACGACAUGGCGUUCGCCGCUUAA